AUGAAGAUGACAAGAAUGAUGCGAGUCUUUCUUGAAGAGCAUGUGGAGGAAGAUGAGGUGGUUUUGAAUCUGUAUGAAGUGGAAGAAGCCGAGGAUGACGACGACGCUGGCGGUGAAGGAGACGAUGAGGAGGAGCAGCAGGAGGAGGAAGGAGAUGAUGGUGACAAUGUUGAAGCUCCUGAAGGCGAAGGGGAUAAUGAUGAGGACGACGAUGAGGAAGAAGAUGCUGGCGAGCACGAUGGUGGUGUCGACGAUUCCGAUGGCAACAAUGACGGUUCCGGUGACGAGGAGGGGGGAGCUGCAGACGAUAUCCUCGACGUCCGUGCUGAAAUUCCUGAUGAGGAUGAGGAAGGAUCUAGUGAUUUGACUGGUGAAGACAUCAAAGAUGAAACUGAGGGUGGAGCCAAAAGAAAGAGGUCAGAUGAUUCAGACGAUGGAGAAGAUGAUUAG